AUGUUCUGUCAAUCAAGCGAAGAAGAGCAGGAAGAUAUAGAAGACAAGACAACAGCACAGAUACCAGGAAAAAUAGUAUCAGCUUUCAGGAAGGAUCUGGAGAAGGGAAGUUGUGGAGGAACCCUCAUCUCUAGGAACUACGUCCUCACAGCGGCUCACUGUUGCUUUGAGGACAAGGAUCCUCGAAUUGUGAAUCCCCAAACCGUACUACCACAUGUACUCCAAGAGUUAGACGUUGUCGUCAAACCUUCGGGAGUAUGUGAUAUUAUAGUGUUGGACUGGGAGAGUCAGAUCUGUGCAGCAGGGACGGGACCUGCCAAAGGCCCAUGCCCUGGAGACUCUGGAGGUCCUCUCAUGUACUACAACACCACAGGAGAGGGCAGAUACAUGCUUAUGGGGGUAGUCUCCGCUGGCACCCGUUGCUCCAAUGAUGAUCCUGACACCAACCCUGGCGUCUACACCAGAGUGUCCAACGUUAUGCCUUGGAUCUUAAAUAAUAUCCGCUAA